AGCACCCGAGGAAGGAGGACGCGCCGUGCCGCUCUCCCUUCUUUACGCCGACGACGCUUUUCCCUCAUAGAUGUGUGGGUUUUUUCUCGAACGUUUUUUUUUCCUGCCAUAGCUUGCUGCUCGCUCUCUCCUUCUUCCCCUGAGCUUUGAGGGAGCGUCGCGCCCCCCCUCCCUCCUCCCUCUUCUCCCCGUCCUCUCUCUCUCUCCUACGACAACCCCGUAGCAAGGACGAGGGGAAAAUACACCGAGGAAAAUAUACGAAAACGAGAGAGAGAGAGAGAGAGAAGGAAAGAAAGAUGAUGUGUGUCUAUCAUUUCGGAAAAAAAUGAUUUGAGUGUUUUCUUUUUUUUUCAUCCCGAUAUAUUUGGGAUUUUUUCUUUUUUAGAGAUAAUUUUUCUCGAUUUUUCUGUGAUUUAUUUUUUACGUAUGUACCUGUCGGAAAGAGAGGAAAAGAGAGACACGUGGAAAAAGGUAGAUGGAGAAAAAGUUGGAUAAAGAAUAGACACAGGAAAAUGAUGAAAAACGAUGAAGUGAAACACGCGGUUAACUGAAUAAUAAUGAUAGAGAGCGAGAGCGAAAGAGAGAGAGAGAGAGAGAGAGGAAAAGACAAGGAAGUGAGUGAAAAAUAAAUAAAAAAAACGAAAAGAGGAAAAGAUAGAAACACAAUAACUGAUAAAAGAUGAAUAACCAAAUAAUAAGAUAAAGAAAAAAAACACGAAAAUGACAAGAUUAAAAGACAAAUAACAAACAUUUAAACGGAAUCACGGAAAUUUACAUAAAACACGAGACUUACAGCAACAACAACAAAAACACAGAUGAAAAGCCUAUGCAAGGAAGUCAAAAUACAAACAAAUAAACCACCUGUUUAUAACUGAACAGAUGGGAACAAACACACCCUCAGAAACUUCACGUGUGUGUUAAUGUGCUACGGUGUUACAGGGACGAACGACUCUUCGUGGCAACUCACGAUGCACACACACAGGAACCACCGCCGCUUGAAGAGGGCAAGCUCGUGGUGGUGUUUGGCUGCGCUUGUUCUUCUGGCUGUCACCACCAUAACAACAGCGGAACAGAGUGAACAAGCUGAACAGCAGAGCCAGGACCAACAGCAGAAGGAGGAUGUGGGCGUGGAAGGAGAAGAAGGAGAGAGAGGAGAUAGGGAAGAGGAAGAGGUUGGGAUAAGAAGCGACCCUGCGGAGGGAGAAAUGGCGUCAUCCUGCCCCUCCUCCUGCUUCUGCGAGACUGAGGCCGGCUACGCGACGUGCGUGGGCGACAGCCAGUGGGCGCCGCCCGCCCUGCCGCCCGGCCUGACCCGCGUCGAGCUGCGCAACUUCCUGGUACCGGAGCUGGGCGCCGCGCAGCUGCAGUUGCUGCCCGACCUGCGGGAGCUGCAACUGAACCAGUGCAACCUGACGAGGCUGCUGGACGACGCCUUCGGCCGCCUGCCGCAGCUGGAGCGCCUCGACCUGUCCGAGAACCAGCUGACGCGACUGGGGCCCGCCGUGUUCGCCGGCCUGGCGGCGCUGCACCACCUGGACCUGUCUGCGAACCGCCUGGCCAACCUGACGCGGCCGUUCUCGCAGCUGGCGUGGCUGCAGCACCUCAACCUGAAGGACAACAACCUGACGACGCUGACGCACGACACGUUCCAGGGGCUGGACCGCGUGCAGUACGUCAACCUGGACGGCAACCGCAUCGCGUCGGUGGACGUGGCGGCGUUCCAGCACCUGACGGGGCUGGCGCACCUCAUCCUGUCCAACAACCCGCUGGCGUCGCUGGCCACGCUCGACUUCUUCGGCUCGCGCCUCCAGUACAUCGACGUGUCCAACAUCGGCAUCGCGCGCGUGCCGCAGGCGCUGACGCAGUUCGUGCGCGACCUGCGCCUGGCCAAGAACGCCAUCCGCGAGAUCCACCGCGGCGACCUCGACUCCUACCCGUACCUGGGCCUGCUCGUGCUCGACGACAACGGCCUGCAGCUGCUGGAGGAGGACGCCCUGGGCCGCCACGAGUACCUGGCGCGCCUGUGGCUCAACGGCAACAGCCUGCAGGCCGUGCCGCUGUCGCUGCCGCCGGCGCUGCGGGCGCUCUACAUCGAGGAGAACAUGAUCGAGGGCCUCCGCGAGGGCGACUUCCGCGGCCUGGCCAGCCUCGAGCAGCUGUUCCUGCGGCGCAACCACAUCGCCAGCGUCGCCGACUGCGCCCUCUGCGACCUGGUGAGCCUCAAGACGCUCGACCUGCAGGCCAACCGCCUCACGACCCUCGCCGGCAGGGUGUUCUCGCGCCUGGCCAGCCUCGAGACGCUCGACCUCUCGCAGAACCCGCUGCUGGCGCUCGACGCCGCCGUGUUCGCCGGCCUGACGUCCGUGCGCGUCCUGCAGAUGUCCCGCGUGCACUCGGACGACGUCACGGUCCCCGAGACGGCCUUCGACCCGCUCAAGGGCCUGCAGAUCCUCGAGAUGUACGGCUCGCCGCACCUCGUCGCCCGCAUCCUCGGCUCCACCAGGAUGCUGCACUCGCUCAGGGGCGUCCGCGAGCUCAACCUCAUGCACAACGACCUGAAGGCGCUCAGGAACGACUUCCCCGCCUUCUUCCCCAAGCUGCAGGUUGCAAAGCUCAGCGGCAACACUUGGGACUGCACCAGCCCGAGCAAGAUUCUAUGGAUGAAGAGGUGGAUGGUGGCCCGCUCGCCCGUCACUUUCUAUCGCUCGUACAGCAUCAGGUGCUCCUCGCCGGCUUACUUGGGCUACAAACCCGUCAUUCUCUUGGAGAACUCCGACUUCCUCAACGCCAGCACGUCUGUCAGUCCUACAUCUACAACCACAGCCACAACAACAACUGCUACAACAACAGUUACAACUACAACUGCAGCCAGCACUACUUCGGCUCCUGCCACAGCUGCUCCUGCCAUCGCCCUGAACUCCGGCGGGGAGACCGCGGGCGCCCACGACGCCACGAGCGCGGACGCCGUCGUGAGGACGUCGGCGCCGGCCACGACGCCGAUGCCGGACCUCGCCGUCCUCACGCGGCGGGACAGCAACUCGCCCAUCAUCGGCGUCGCCCCGUUCAUGGCGCGGCCCAAGCCCGCCGCCAAGAGGCCUCCGGCGACGACCGCAGCCUCGGAGACUGCCACCAGGGCCCCGGAGGCGACUGCGGCCCCGGUGGCCUCCCCUGCGGCCCCCGCGGCGACGACCGGGGGUCCUGAGACUACGACGGGAGCCCCGGAAGCCUCCUCGACGGCGGUCUCUGGCGCCACCGAAGGCCCUGCCGCCUCCUUCGCCCGCAGCACGACCGAGGCGCCUCCCGCGGCCCGCCCCUCGCCCGCGGCCGCCGCCAGCGAGCCAGCGAGCGAGGCGCCCGUGGCGAGCACGUCCACCACCCCCGCUCCUGCGCCGGCGGGAGGCCCCGGCACCUCGCCCAGCCCGGGGGCGCCACGAAGGCCUCGUCGCCGCCCUACUGGGUCAUCCACAACCGCCGGCCGCCGCAGGAGCCCGCGCGGCCGGCACCCCGCCCGCGGGACGGCGCCACGCCACGCAAGAAGUGGCGGAGGCCGCUGAAGGACGCCCGCCCCAGGGCGCCGCCCUCCGAGACGCGGGCGGCCGACGCGCCGGG